AUGUUGAAUCUGGUGACGGUUGAUCUAUCCAACAACAGAUUCGAAGGUCCUCUUCAAGUUCCACCACCCAUCACUCAAUUCUAUUUUAGUGCAAACAACAAGAUUGGUGGAAAGGUUUCCCCUUUGAUAUGCAAUGCCACUGAGCUCAAAGUCCUCGACUUGUCCAAUAAUAGUUUGAUGGGCACCUUGCCAGAGUGCUUAAUGAGCUUUAGCAAAAAUCUCUCGGUCCUCAACCUUCGCAUGAACAUGAUUCACGGUGUGAUCCCUAGAAAAUUUGCUGAGGAUAACAAACUAAGGACCAUUGACCUCAGUCGGAAUCAAUUUGAAGGGACAUUGCCACGGUCCUUAUUACAUUGUGAAAAUUUGGAAGUUUUGGAUCUCGGCAACAAUAAAAUGAAGGAUACAUUCCCUGAUUGGUUAGGAACCCUUCCCAAGCUACAGGUUCUUGUUUUGAGGUCCAACAUGUUCCAUGGUUUCGUGAGUAGUCCUAGAGAAGCUCGCUCAUUUUUUGAAUUGCGCAUCUUCGACCUGUCCAACAACAAUUUGAGUGGUCCUUUACCCGUUAGUUAUAUUAUGAAGCUUACUGCCAUGAUCUAUCAAGAUAAAAGACAGGGCAAGCCGCAUUAUAUAGGAGAUGGUAAUUAUCAAGAUUUAGUCAUGGUGACCAUGAAAGGACUGGAGAUACGGUUGGUGAAAAUUUUAACUGUUUUCACGAGUAUCGACUUAUCGAGCAACCAUUUUGGUGGGGAGCUUCUCGUGUAUAUUGGAAACCUAAAGUCACUCAAAGGGCUAAACUUUUCCCACAACAAUCUCACGGGCUAUAUCCCUCUGUCUACUGGCAAUUUGAAUGAACUCGAAUGGCUAGACCUAUCUUCAAACAAGUUCAUUGGAAGCAUUCCUCUAGAACUAGCGGAUUUGAUGUCUCUUGCAUUCUUGAACCUCUCAAAGAAUCAGAUCAUCGGACCUAUUCCUCGAGGAAGGCAAUUCAACACAUUCAAGAGCGACUCGUUUGCCAUGAAUCCUAGACUAUGCGGAUUUCCAUUGUCGGAGACAUGCACAAACAAUCCACGAGAAAUUCCACCUGUAACCAUUAUUCGAGAAAAUGAUACAGGGCAUGGAGGCUGGUUUGAGUGGAGAGCCAUAUUGAUGGGUUAUGAGUGUGGAACCAGGAGGGGCGACAGAGCUGGAGCGCGGAUCGCGGACCGUAGGUCGUCGGGUCGCGGGCUUCGAACGGUGGGGCACUGCAAGGACGGCAGGAGGCCUCGGGCAGCUGGUGCGGCGGCGUCGAGCUCGCGGGUCGCCCGGGGCAAGGCAGAGGCGUCGGGCUCUGGUGGUGCAGCAGUAGGGAUGCGCGGCGCUCCGGCGGAGGGGAGCCGGAGCACCGCAGCAGUGAGCGCAGAGCUGCUGUGGAAUCGUCGCACGGAGGAGGAGGCGUUGGAGCAGCGACGGCAGGGCGCGGCGCUGGCUACAGGCGCCGGGUGGAGGCCAGCGAUGGGUGUUGUGGGUGUCGAGCGCUGGGCCCACCAGCAGGUGGACUGCGCAGACGUCGGGCGCCUGGCAGAGGGAAGCAGCUACGGCGGCGUUGGGUCGCGGCAGGGAUAG